ACUGGUUUGACGAUAUAAACUCAGCAGGAAGCUAUUUGGGUGAACACCUCCUCUGUCACUGUCGCAUUCUCACAGAGACUUGAGACACACGAGUGUGACGGACGCGGCACGGCAGCGACAGUGAUUUCAUUGUUCGUUUAGCUCACUGGGAGGACUUGCAACCUUGUUUUCUCUUAAGGCAAUGAGAUAGUCGUAUCUAUCCUUACCGGCACAAUGGAAACUCAGGUUCAAAUGACAGCGGCCCACAGUGACAUCCAGGAGAAGAUCAUCAGAGAGCCGAUGGUGGAGAACUCUGAGGAACAAUUCCUCAAAAAUCUUUACGUCUUUAUGAAGAAAAGAGACACACCGAUAGAAAGAAUCCCCAACCUGGGCUUCAAACAAAUUGAUCUAUUUGUGAUGUUCAAGACGGUCAAUGAAAUGGGGGGCUACCACAAGGUGACAUCUCAUCAGCUGUGGAAACGAGUUUACAACACACUUGGAGGAAACCCUCGGAGCACCAGUGCAGCCACGUGCACCCGCAGACAUUAUGAAAAGCUGCUACUACCUUAUGAGUGUCACCUGAAAGGCAUAUUAAUGAGCGACACACCUGACCAUCAGCCGAAACCUUACCGCUACACCAAAGAUGAUGAUGGAGGCCAGAGACUAUCCAAACGCAGGUUGUUGUCCCUGCAGCUGCACCAGGGAUUGCACAGUUUCCAGUCAAACCCACAUGGGAGUAUCUACUCUCUGCCUCUCCACUACCCCAACUUCUACCACCCAAGCCACCCCAUUCUGCCGCCUUUUGUCCCCAUCUCGCCUUCUGUGUUGACACCACAUACCCCCACUGUUGUCCAGCCCAGAUUCCCCUUCCAUCCGUCUCAGCCGGACUCUACCGAAAUGGUCAAGGAACCACUGGAGCAGCUGCGCUACCUGGCAGAGCAGUACAAGACCUCAGCUGGACAGCCUCUGAAUCUGAGUGUGAAAGAUUCAAACUGGGAGUCAAGCCUGAGCCCAGCCUCGUCGUUCUCCCCUGCUUCGGGCAGCAAAAAUCCAAAGUUUUUAAAUAAACCUUCCACGCUCUACAGCCAUCACCGUGCAGGUGUGGUGAGAGGUGAAAGGUGUGAGUCGCAGGACGAUGAGUCCAGAGAACAGGUCUCUCCUGUCUCUGAACCUACAAAAGAAAUGGAGGCGAAUGCUGCUGAUGUCAUCAUCUCCACACCCUCAAAUAGCCCCGUGAAUAGUUGUGAUCUGACAGUCGAGGAUGACAUGGAUGUCAUUGAAGUGGUGAAACCCGCCAGCUCUCCAAAAACAGACUUUCCGAAAACCAGAGAGGCCAGUCAAGUUUCAGAGGGUGUCAGUCAAAUAUUCCCCAAAGAAAAGCAGGAGAGUAAUAUGGAAAUUGAGGUUCCGCUGUCCGUGGUCCAAAACUGGCUCAACAUGUGCAGGGCUCCAACUAAAGAACCUUUUUCUCCAGACCAUGAGGUGUCCUCUAGAAAAAGAAGCUGGUCUGACGUGAAUGACUCCCCCACCGACCUGACAUGUCGCGUGAAUCCCAAGAACCAGAGCUCAUCGGAGGAUCUGAGGCUGAGGAAAGACCUGAGCUUAACACCAAACAUUCAGACAACCAUCCAGCAGCACUGCAUUAAUCAGAGUCCAUUCACCAGUUGCAAAACCUCUCCUGCAGGUGGCGUUCUGAAAGCUGCAGCUAUCCGAGACAUUUGGCCGUUCCAUCAGCAGAGGGUGGAAAAGCCAUUUAACUUCAAGUCUGCAGGUUUAUGGGAUUUCUGUGGUAAAGACACUCUAGCUCCCCCAAAACCAAUUUUUGCUGAUUCUGCUCCUAAAUUCUUUGGGGAAGACCUAGUCCAUGGGGGUAAACAGAGAAUAGAGAUGGAGUCUUCGGCUGUGCUCAUGGUGAACUCCAGCCCGGCUUCUGUGCUGCACCUCACUACGGAGGAGGUCAUGAAACUUAAGAAGAUCAUCUCGAGUUCAUCAUAAAGACCUGGUUACUAACCCAACACCACAUUUAAGCUUUAUUUUCUUUUUACUUUUUUUCACUCAAGUUUCAGUCUGUUGAAAUAAUGAAAAAUCAUCAAAACACAUAUACAUUAUUUUGUUUGGAAUAAAUUGACAAGACGUUUCAA